AUGUCUAGUUCAAUAUUUUCGGAUGGUUCUUCAAAAAUAAAAACUUCAAUUCAACAUAUAAAUUCAUUAGAUGAAGCAAAAUUUAAAAAACUUGUUCAACGUAUUGCUGAAAAAACAGGACGACAAAAUGAAACAAUAUUUACAAUAGAUGAAUUAAAUAAAUUAGAAAAUGCUUUUGGUUUAUCAAUAGAUAAUAUUAAACAAAUGAUUGAAUCAAUUGAAUAUAUGUUUCUUCAAUCAGCUUAUCAUUUAAUAAAACCACAAAUACUUGAAAAUGAUUUAAUAAAUGAACAAAAUUUUGAUGAAAAUAAAGCAAAAAUAUUUGUUGAACAAUGGUCAGCAAAUGCAAAAGAGAUUGUUGAACGUUUAAAAACUUCUCAUAUUGCUUCACAUUCAUUAUCUGAUAUACGCUGGACAUUAGAUGUAGGUAUAACACAAGGAAGUAAGAGUAAAGUCAAACGACCAAUAGCUAUUUAUGAAUUUCAACUUAAAAAUGAACAAACAAAACAAAUUGAAAAUAUACAAACUGAAUUUAAUAAAGAUGAACUUUAUGGAUUUUUCGAAAAACUUGAAUCAAUUCAAAGUCAAUUAGAUACAUUGAUGACAUGA